AUAUGGCACCGACCGCUAAUGCCUACUUGAUAACCGUGGACUCGGGCGUGGCCAUAUCAACGAAUACCUUGCCCAAGCUGCGACCCGCACCUCUGACAGCGGCGCUGCUCAAGGGGGCGGCCUCGCCUGCACGCUCGAGCUCGGGAUACGCCUCGUCCUCCUACGAUAACAUGGAGGAGGAAGAGUCUCUGGUGGCUACGCCGCCCAAGGCCAAGAAGCGUCGCCUGGAUCACCUCAGUUGGGAGGAAAAAGUACAGAGAAAGAAGCUAAAGAAUCGCGUUGCAGCCCAGACAUCACGGGACCGAAAGAAGGCUCGUAUGGAGGAAAUGGAAUACGAGAUCAAAGAGCUAACUGACAAAACGGAAUUACUGCAAAACAAAUGCGAAAGUCUACAGUCCAUCAAUGAGUCGUUGCUGGUCAAAAACCAGAAGCUGGACACAGAAGUAGAACUAUUGCGUCAGGAACUCGAAGAGAUCAAACAACAACAGAAGCAGCAGCAGCACGCCAAAAACAUCACCUGCAACAGCUCCAAUGCCAACAUAGGCGCUGAGGGCUGUGCGUCCACAAUCCUUGGACGCAGCAUCCAAUGCUGACCCUCUGCAGCAGGGUACACACACAGUGGACACACAGUCGUCAGCGCGUCUGUUGACGGAACAGCUGAAAAGCAGCAAGACCAUGGCCUCGCUCUGGAAGGUUGUGGCUCUCUGCCUACUCUACAAGACAUGCUGCUCGUCGACGAUGAAGAGUUCGACGCGCGGCGACUUGAAGAGUUGGCCGAAAGUCUGCUCGCAGAUAUCACAGCAGACCUGGAAGCUGGCCCUGGAGCGUGCGGCCCAACUGCUGCCAAAGAUUCAGGCGACCAAGAGCGACUGCUUGGAUCAAUGGUGGGGACCCCAACAGAGCGCCUGGAAUCCGGCGGGCAUAGAGCUGAUGGCCUAGGCACUGAAGAACCCAAACACAGCCUGAAUGUGCAGGUGUUGAAGAUAAAUGGAAACUCACAGCAAGCCACAACAGCGCCAACAACGACAAAGACGAUAACGAAGACGACGACUACAACAACUAAUUCAGCAGCAGCCACCGCACCAACACUUGUGCAGGCCACACCGGACACAGUUUAUGGCACCUACGAUGCCAAGACAAACUCGAUAACCAUCGUGAUGGAUGGAGAUGCGGUUCCAGUCAAUGAGGCCGUUGAGGAGAUCUACUGCGAUGGCGUCAGCGCUGGGGAUGACACUACAGAUGUAAUUAUGAAGUGUCCGCCACCAGCGGCGUCUCCAUCGCAGGUCUAUCUCAAUGUCGUGAAUGCCACCGACGACUCGGACGACGAGUGCGAUUUCAAUGGCAUUGAAUCGUUCCUCUGCCCGCGCAUGAAGGCCAUUUCCCCAUUGGCCAAAUCUCCCGCAUUGUCUCUACACUCAGCCACCUCCGAUCACGGCUACGAGUCCAUACUGGGCUCUCCCACAUCCACAAUGCUUACUCUGCCCACAGACACGGAAGAGGACUUUCCCUGGCAGAGCAAUUUCGAUGAGCUGUUCCCCAGCCUGUUGUAAGCGCUCUCCCCAAACCGGGAUUGGUAAUCGUUUUUCAAAUUGAAAAAUCAGUUGGAUCCACAAAGUUUCUCUCUAUUCUAUUGUUAAGUUUGGCCGGCCGCCCUAUGAUUUAAGUGUUUUAGCUGAUAGGCUGUAUAGCAGGAAUUUCGUCAUCGAUGGCUUUAUUUGUAAAUGAUAUUUAACUGAAACUCGUAGGUAAUCCGUAAGUUUCCAUUUAUGUUUAACACACACUCUAACCACACAUAGGCUAAUCUUUUUGUAAUGUGCUCAAAAAAAUAUGCGAAAACAUUCAAAAAAAAAUUAAACAACUACAAUAUAUUCAAAA